AACGAAGUUCUUUACAUCAUUCUUCUUUUAUUAUUGAAGAUGAAGAUGAAGAUAAAGAUUACAUUUUGCGGUAAUUAAUGAGGAGACACGAGUGGCCCAGAUCUGAAUAACCCUAUAGCUACGUUAACCUCUUGUGAGAAAGAUCCAAACGGUACACUCACUUUUUCUUAUAAAAGUAAACUCUCUGAUCAGUUCUGGCCGUACUCAUCACCCACAACACACUAUAACUACAUACGAAUAAGCCAUUUUUUGUUCUUGAGGGAUCUUGUAGCAGCGUUUUUCUUGUUUCUGCAAUGUCUGCGGAAAAUCUUGAAGCCAAUGGGGACCGGACUGAUUCGGGUCUGAAAAUGGGCCAUGAAAAUGAGCCGGGUUCGGAGGAGAGGAUGAGUAGGGGAAGGGCUGAGAUUGACACGUCGGCGCCUUUCGAGUCGGUGAAAGAUGCGGCGAAUCGAUUUGGUGGAAUAGGAUUUUGGAAACCCAGUUCUCAAAAGCCCCAUGAACAAUCCUCUCAGAACGGUAGUGAAAUUCUUGACAUUGUAAAUAUGGAGGAACAGGCUGCACAGUUGGAAACAGAGUUGAUAAUGAAAGAAAGAGAAACCCUUGAUGUUUUAAAGGAACUGGAAACCACUAAAAAUACUGUCGAAGAACUAAGAUUGAAGCUGCAGAAAGAAACAUCAGAGAUAAAUGAAGCCCUCAAUGCAGAAACAGAUGAUAAAAAUGUGAAUUCUGCUGCAGAAAUGGAAGAGAAGUCUGCUCCAGGUUCCAUUUUACUGGAACUGGAACAAGCCAAAUUAAACUUAAGUCGGACUACAAACGAUCUUGCCGAUAUUCGAGCUACAGUUGAUUUCUAUAACAAGAAGAUAGAGAAAGAAAGAAUGUCGCUUGAAAAGACUCGUCAAAGGUUGUCUUCAAAUACCUCAAAAAUUUCAUCACUUGAAAAAGAGUUGAACCAAACCAGACGGAAAGUACAGCUUGAUCCCUUGGAUGUUACAAGGGAGCUACAAAAGUUAGCUUCUGAGACGGAGAAGUUUAAGGAGGUAGGAGAAGCUGCAAAGGCAGAAGUUUUGAAAGCAACAUCUGAGAUCGAACAGACGAAAUCUCGGAUUAAGACUGCUGAGAUAAGAUUGAUUGCUGCUAAAAAAAUGAAAGCAGCAGCAAGGGCUUCUGAAGCUGUGGCACUUGCUGAAAUCGAAGCACUGUCGAAGAGUGGAAACUUGUCUGAAGAUAUUCAGGAAAAAUCCGACCGUGUAACUAUCACUGUCGAGGAAUAUUCAUCUUUGAUCUCGAGGGCUCGAGAAGCAGAGGAAGCCUGUAAUGGGAGAGUAGUGGACGCAAUGGUUCAAGUUGAUGAAGCUAAUGUGUCGAACACUGAAAUCUUAAAGAAGGUAGAGGAAGCAACCGAAGAAGUUAAAAUUAGCAAAAAGGCUUUGGAAGAGGCAUUGAGUAGAGUGGAAGCAGCAGACAGUGGUAAAUUGGAAGUCGAGGAGGCUCUUCGGAAAUGGAGAUCCGAACAACUACAUACGAAUAAGCCAUUUUUUGUUCUUGAGGGAUCUUGUAGCAGCGUUUUUCUUGUUUCUGCAAUGUCUGCGGAAAAUCUUGAAGCCAAUGGGGACCGGACUGAUUCGGGUCUGAAAAUGGGCCAUGAAAAUGAGCCGGGUUCGGAGGAGAGGAUGAGUAGGGGAAGGGCUGAGAUUGACACGUCGGCGCCUUUCGAGUCGGUGAAAGAUGCGGCGAAUCGAUUUGGUGGAAUAGGAUUUUGGAAACCCAGUUCUCAAAAGCCCCAUGAACAAUCCUCUCAGAACGGUAGUGAAAUUCUUGACAUUGUAAAUAUGGAGGAACAGGCUGCACAGUUGGAAACAGAGUUGAUAAUGAAAGAAAGAGAAACCCUUGAUGUUUUAAAGGAACUGGAAACCACUAAAAAUACUGUCGAAGAACUAAGAUUGAAGCUGCAGAAAGAAACAUCAGAGAUAAAUGAAGCCCUCAAUGCAGAAACAGAUGAUAAAAAUGUGAAUUCUGCUGCAGAAAUGGAAGAGAAGUCUGCUCCAGGUUCCAUUUUACUGGAACUGGAACAAGCCAAAUUAAACUUAAGUCGGACUACAAACGAUCUUGCUGAUAUUCGAGCUACAGUUGAUUUCUAUAACAAGAAGAUAGAGAAAGAAAGAAUGUCGCUUGAAAAGACUCGUCAAAGGUUGUCUUCAAAUACCUCAAAAAUUUCAUCACUUGAAAAAGAGUUGAACCAAACCAGACGGAAAGUACAGCUUGAUCCCUUGGAUGUUACAAGGGAGCUACAAAAGUUAACUUCUGAGACGGAGAAGUUUAAGGAGGUAGGAGAAGCUGCAAAGGCAGAAGUUUUGAAAGCAACGUCUGAGAUCGAACAGACGAAAUCUCGGAUUAAGACUGCUGAGAUAAGAUUGAUUGCUGCUAAAAAAAUGAAAGCAGCAGCAAGGGCUUCUGAAGCUGUGGCACUUGCUGAAAUCGAAGCACUGUCGAAGAGUGGAAACUUGUCUGAAGAUAUUCAGGAAAAAUCCGACCGUGUAACUAUCACUGUCGAGGAAUAUUCAUCUUUGAUCUCGAGGGCUCGAGAAGCAGAGGAAGCCUGUAAUGGGAGAGUAGUGGAUGCAAUGCUUCAAGUUGAUGAAGCUAAUGUGUCGAACACUGAAAUCUUAAAGAAGGUAGAGGAAGCAACCGAAGAAGUUAAAAUUAGCAAAAAGGCUUUGGAAGAGGCAUUGAGUAGAGUGGAAGCAGCAGACAGUGGUAAAUUGGAAGUCGAGGAGGCUCUUCGGAAAUGGAGAUCCGAACAUGCUCAGAAAAGGCGCAACGUACACAACUCUUCCAAAUUCAAGAACUCUGAUAUGUCGUCACGCCAUAGGAGGGAGAAGGAAUCUCGUCUUCUCGACUUAAAUGAUCUGAAUCUGGUUAAUGACGAGUUAAAGCCAGUUCUGAGGCCAACUCUAUCAAUCGGGCAAAUAUUGAGCAGGAAACUGCUUCUGGCGGAAGAUUUUGGGGAUGGAAUUAAGGAAGAAAAUAGCACGUGGAAGCGGAAGGUGUCAUUAGGCCAAAUGCUCGGU